AUGUCUGCAGCAGUUGGAGGUGCUCCCCCAGCCCAUGGUCAUAGCGACUCCGUAAAUGGAAGACCCCCCACCAUUCCUGCAAUUCCCUCGGUCAAUGGCGCCGUCGCAGUGCCUGACCAUCUAAGAAAACCCUCUAACGCCGCACCGUCUGGAGGUGCAGCUGGCUACACCCCCAACGGUGGCGCUCAACCUGGUGCACAAACAAAGAUUCAGUUCGGCUCCCUCCCUACCGGCAAUAACAAUGCUUCUCCAGCCGUUGGUACCCCUCAUCAAAACAAUGCCAAUCUCAGUGUGAAUCAGCUGAAUCCUCGAGUGCCCUCGCCCUCAAAUUCUCCCUCGCCCAUCCCUCAGCCUGCCUCGGUCAGUGGUGGCCGUCCUCCCUCCACAUUCCAAGGCCAAGGCAAUGGCUAUCAAUUUGGACAGAUGCCUGGUGACCCCAGUGACCCCAGUGUAAGCUCAACCCCUUCCCUGUGCUUCUUCAUUGCAAUCAAAUUCAAAUCUGACAUGGAUCAGGGUCUUGCUCGUGGUGUCGCUUCCCUGCAGUUUGGUCCCCCCCAAGAGCAUAUGAGACGCGGUUCCGCCCAGUCUAUUCAUAGCGAUGUAGGCAAUCCGGGCUUACCGACCGGUCCUGGCCGUGGCGGCUUUGGUGGACCUCAAGGUCGUGGACGAGGCUACAAUCCUGCCUACAACCAGCAGAUGCCAUACUCUCCUAACCACACUUUCCGUCCCCAAAAUAAUGGACGCAACAUGCAACCCGGCUACCAGGGUCGUGGCCAGCAACUUUCCUACUCCGGGUCUCCCGCAAUGGGCACCCGCAGCCCAGCUCUCGUACACGCUCAGCCCGGAACCCCCAACAUGGGCCCAGUACACAUGAUGCAGCAGGUGCCCGGACAGAAUGGUGGAUAUUAUCAAGGAGGACCCCAACAUGUAAACAACCACCACCCAUCGUCUUUUUCUUCUUCUCGCGAGCCCGCAAAGGAAAGAGGUAAACCUACUAGAGGUCGUGGUCGUGUCAAUCGUGGCAAUGGCCGUGGCAAAGCCUCGAGUAGAGGUGGACAUGAAGAAGGACCCUUUUACAGCAAAGAUCCAGCUUCAGACCACUACCGCCCUGACCUUGCGGCUCUCCACAUUGCCCCAGCUCCCCCUUUUCUUCCUGAUCUUUCACCCGAGAGUGGCAAUUUUGAACAUUUUCUAACACAACGACAGGGCUUCGGGUUUCCCACUCAAGCUGACCCUAGUAUCCAAAUGUUGUACAAUCAACAAUACUACGGCCCUGGUGCAAUGCAGGGUCAAUAUCCUCCUCAGUAUGCAAUGGGCCCCCAACAGUCUCCACGACCGCCUUACCAGCAGAAUGUCUAUGCCCCAAACAUGCAGCCUGGCUACAGCAACCAGGGUGCUGCCCCUCCCUCCAUGUCUCGUCAAUCUUCUCAGAUGUCUGGUCCUGAUCGCCCAGGCUCGAGCAUUGGGCAACAACCUCAUACGCCAGCUCCCUCGGGCCCAACACAUCCCACAGCUCGCACUCCCAGUGUUUCUGCUCCGAAGCCGAGCUAUACCAUUCCUCCCAAGAAGAGUGCUGCCAUCACCAUCAAGAACACUGCUGGUGAAGUGGUGUCCUUUGGCAAACCUCCACCAUCGCCCGCUGCCUCCACUCCUUCUCUUCCUCCUCCGUCUGCUCCAACUCCUCCAAGCCGAACGGCAAGUGCCGCUGACAAUGCUCAUGCUCGUGGUGAGAGCAUCAGUGCCAACAAAAGUGCCGACGAGGCCAAGAAAUUGAUGCAGGAGGCUAUUGCGAAGAAGAUUGCUGAGGACGAGGCCAGAGAGAAGCAGCAGAAAGAAGCCGCCGAGAAGGCCGAGCUAGACAAGGAGGCCGCUGCGGCCGCUGCUCGCAAGGCAGAGGAGGAGAAGGCAGAGGCGGAAGAAUUGGAACGAGAAGCGAAAGAAGCAAAGGCUCGCGAGGAGGCUGCAGCUGUCGAGAAGGCAGAAGAAGACAACAAGAAGGCCGAGGAAGACAAGGCCAAAGCUGCUGCUGCACCAUCGAAGCCAGAUGACGACGACGAAAUCGACUACGACGCGAUCGAACGUGAAAUUGCUGAGCAAGAGGCCGAGGAAGCAAGAAGAGCCGAAGAGUACAACCGUAAGAAGGCGGCCGAUCUAGAAGCCAAACGCAAGAAGGAACAAGAUGAUGCUGCAGCUUACGAAGCCAACAUGAAGGAAAUGGAGCGCAAGGCCGAGGAAGCAGAACUUGCUCGAGAAAAGGAGAAGGCGGAAGUUGGGUCUGGAGACGAAGCCAGCAAGAAGAUGUUUGCUGAGCUGAAAGCCAAUCCCUUUGGAACUCCGGCAUCGGUUGAAAGCCCUGCUGCCCAUACACCCGUCGAAAGCGGUAGUGCAACACCGGUGUCCGAUGUCUCUAUGCCAGCUCCAAUCCGAGCUCCGGGCAAACGUGGCAAAGCUGCUGAACUCACGCUCGACACCAAGAAGCCUAUCGAGCCACCGGAGCCCAGUGCUACAUUGAAGGCUCUACAGGCCUCCAAGAAGCUGGUGGACUUGUCUAAGGUCGUCUACCCAGCUGAUGUCGCUUCUCCCAACCCAGCGCUAAAUGCAAAUGCACCAGCUGAUCGGAAGUUCAAAUAUGACAAGGAGUUUUUGCUUCAAUUCCAGAGUGUCUUCAAAGAAAAGCCAUCACUCGAUUGGGAUUCCCGCAUCCGGGAUGUCAUGGGCGAAGGUGACUCUGCUCGACCUGCUGGCUCUGCCAGAACCCCCUCAGGAAUGGGCAACCGCAGCGCUUCUUCUCGUGGUGCUCCUCAGAUGGGUAGCUUCGGCCCCAUGGGUAGCUUCGGCGGUCCUCGUCCAAGUCUCCCGGCUGGUACGACUUCUGAACAGCGAUUUGCGGCUUCAAACGCAGCUCUGAGAACCGGUGCUAUGGCUGCGAAUCCGUUCGCUCAAUUUGGCCGUCCAGGCCAGAUGGCUCCACCGAUGGGACGUACCCCAUCGAACAAUCCUCUCGGCCCUAUUCCAGGCUCGCCACGAGUUGGAAGCACCCGUGGAGGGUCUCGUGCUGAAAGCAAACGCGGUAACAAGCACGGCAAACAAGGUUUUGAGGAAAACAAGUCUAUGCCUCUCACGGCCGGUAUGAACAUCGGCUCACUGGAGACCUCCUCUACAGGCUGGAAGGCCCGAAGUCUUGGUCAACCCGCCGUUGCUGGUCCUGCCCUUGGUGGGGACGGUUUGAUGGAGCCAGACGUUGUCCAACGCAAAGUCAAGGCUGCUCUCAACAAAAUGACACCCGAAAAGUUUGACAAGAUUGCCGACCAGAUUCUGGAGAUCGCUGCUCAAUCGAAGCAUGAGAGUGACGGCCGGACUCUUCGUCAAGUCAUUCAGCUGACGUUCGAGAAGGCAACAGAUGAAGCCCACUGGGCACCCAUGUAUGCCGCGUUUGCAAGACGCAUGCUGGAAAGCAUGAGCCCCGAUAUCAAAGACGAGAACAUCAAAGACAAGAACGGCAGUGUUGUCACUGGCGGGAACUUGUUCCGAAAAUACCUUCUUAAUCGAUGCCAGGAAGAAUUCGAACGUGGUUGGAAGAUCAAUCUACCUGGUCGCAAAGAGGGCGAGACUGAAGAAGCAGCCUUGUUGUCUGACGAGUAUUACGUCGCAGCUGCUGCCAAACGGAGAGGUCUCGGUCUGGUGAAAUUUAUCGGUGAAUUGUUCAAGCUUUCUAUGCUGACCGAGCGAAUCAUGCACGAGUGUGUCAAGAAACUAGUCGACUACGAGGGAACUCCUGACGAAGCAGAAGUCGAAAGUUUGACAAGUUUAUUGCGGACCAUCGGCCGACAACUCGACAGUUCUGAGAGCAAAGCACAAGGCCGGAUGGAUCUGUACUUUGAACGAAUCAACCAAAUCAUCGCCAUUCCUGACCUACCCAGCCGUCUCAGGUUUAUGCUUAUGGAUAUCGUUGAUCUCCGAUCCAAGGGCUGGGUGUCGAAGGAAGACGACAAGGGCCCAAAGACCAUCCAGGCAAUUCACGAGGAAGCUGAACGACGCGCACGUGAAGACGAACUCAAGAGACUCGCUUCACAAGGUAACCGCGGUGGUGGUGGUAGAAUGCCUAUGGGCCGUGGCGACGCUCGCAGUUUCAGCCAGUAUGGUCAAGUACCACCUCCGGACAAUUCCAAUCGCGUUGGUACCGACGACUUGAGGAGACUGGGCAACCGUAACGCUCGGAACCCAAGCAGCACUGGUCCUGGUUCAUUAGGACCCUCAAGCUUAUUGGGUGGACGCACAAACAGUGGACGCCGUGGUCUUGGACCCGGAGGCCUUCUCAACCGAGGAGAUGAUAGCAAUAGCAGUAGCCGUACCGGCACACCUCCUGCGGGCAAGGACAAGGAGAAGAAGGACGAUUCGAGCACAAAUGCAUUCAGGUAA